AUGCCCAGCGCUAGGCGGAUGAUCCUGGGCCACGUAAUGUCCGGUUUAUGUAGCAAAAUGAACCGGACUAAGCAGCUGCCUGCAGAUUUAAUGGAAACGCCUCUGAAUCGAUGCCUGAAUACGUUCGACAUUACCUUGCUAGGCAUCGGUCAUAUGGUCGGUGCUGGCGUAUAUGUGCUAACGGGAACGGUGGCUCACGAGAUGGCAGGACCGGGGAUAGUGCUUUCGUUCAUCCUAGCCGGGAUAGUAUCGCUGUUGGCUGCCCUCUGUUAUGCCGAGUUCGGGACCAGAGUGCCGAAAGCUGGUUCAGCGUACGUCUAUACGUACGUUUCGAUCGGGGAGUUUUGGGCUUUUGUCAUCGGAUGGAAUAUCAUACUGGAGCACAUGUUGGGAGCAGCGUCUGUAGCACGUGCCUGGAGCGGAUACGUUGAUUCAAUGUUGGGUAACAUUGUAGCCAAUACAACGAUGGAGAUUACCGGAGAGAUGCACGAGCAACUGCUGGCAAAGUAUCCGGACUUCUUGGCGUUCGCUGUUUGUUUGAGUUACGCCAUCGCACUGGCCACUGGAGUGAAAGCUACCGCAAUGAUUAACAGUAUAUUAACAACAGUUAAUGUGGCAGUCAUGUUGUUGGUGAUUGUACUUGGCUUUUGGUACGCAACUCCAACGAAUUGGUCCUUGCCAGAUCAGGGAUUUCUUCCGUACGGGUUUGGUGGCGUGUUGGCAGGGGCUGCUACAUGUUUCUAUGCCUUUGUGGGCUUCGAUAGUAUUGCCACUUCGGGAGAAGAAGCCAAGAAUCCAAGCGUCUCCAUACCCUUGGCCACAAUUCUGUCGCUAUGUGUUGUCACCAUUGGGUAUGUGCUGGUAAGUGCUGCAUUGACAUUAAUGAUACCGUACAACGAGAUCAAUCCGGCUGCAGCGCUUCCGGAUGCUUUCGGAAUUCGUGGAAUCUCUUGGGCUAAGUACGCGAUUUCUACUGGUGCUAUAUGUGGAAUGACAACUACACUGCUGGGAUCGCUUUUUGCGCUACCGAGAUGCCUCUAUGCAAUGGCCAGUGAUGGAUUGCUGUUUUCCUGUUUCGGAAAGGUUAAUACUAAAACCCAGGUGCCACUUCUAAACUUGGCAGUUUCUGGAGUUUGCUCGGCUCUUUUGGCACUGUUGUUUGAUUUGGAGAAACUUGUGGAGUUCAUGUCCAUUGGGACCCUUCUAGCAUACACAAUCGUCAGUGCUAGCGUAAUUGUGCUACGAUACCGACCAAUAUCCGUUGAAGAGACCGUACAUUUAGCUCCAGAUACACCUGGAACUGACGAAGAGGAGGGAGCUUCAUCGUCAUCCCAUUCUAGUGCUGUAGAUCCAUCGUCACCGACUAGUGAAAUGAUUGAAAUAGCCCUGGCGGGUAGGCUGCGUCCUCAGUUCCGUUGGUUGGAACCUCUUUUAGGUCGCUGUGAGCCAGGAGUCGCUUGCUCCGGCGCCGUAUUACUAUUUUGUGUUCUCAGUGCAGCAGUUUGCUUCCAACUACAGGCAUCGUGGGAUGAACUGUACAACGGAACCUGGUGGGCCCUGGCCUUGUAUGGUUUUCUCCUAUUCUGUUUAGUAGCAUGUAUCGUGGUUAUUAGUGCUCAUCAUCAGAACACCCGAGGACUUCAGUUCAAAGUUCCCCUGGUACCAUAUAUUCCAGCGCUAAGCAUACUCUGCAACAUCGAACUAAUGGUACACUUGAGCUUCCUCACGUGGCUUCGCUUUUUCAUAUGGCUGUCGAUUGGAAUGUUGGUUUACUUUUUGUACGGUAUUCACAACAGCAAGGAGGGUGAACUGGGAACGUCCUACUCGAUGCUGAUGUCGACGCAGGAAGCGAUUCGCGGUUGGGGCGCUACUCAUUCUGCUAGUUUAUCUGGAGGCGCAAGGGUAACGGUGACCAAGAUCGUCAAAGGCAGGGUAAGUCGAAAGAGCGUCGACAAGCAAGCUAUAAUCGAUGACGAUGACGAUGAUUCCUAA